ACAGCUCGUCGCAUCUGCCCCUCGAACCCCGAGCAUACUUGCUCGCGCUCUAGUGUCGAUGACGGUUGUUCCGUCCACUAGGAUACGCGCCAGUUUGUCGCGCCUGAGGCCGCCGAUAUGCAAGCUCCCAGGACUCCGCGCCCUCAAGUGAAGUUUGCGGACCUGGACCCGGCCCAAUUGGGCCCCCUAACAAGUUCUGGAAGGCCAUCUGGUGCGCUGUUGAGGGUAUUGAGUGACAACCCCGGCGGCCUGGAGCAGGGGACUCCGUUGCGACCACGUCGGAGAUGCCGCUCUCCCUAUCCGCGCUCCCUGUCCUCGUGUGAUCUGGAUUCUCAGGAAACCGAUCGUGCGGGCUCGCCGCUUUCCCCUGCCUUUGGACGCCCUGAAAUGACGUUGCCCAGUCUUCCAAUUACUAACAGAAACGUCAAAUCAGAUGCUGGCGAUGAGUCCCUGCAGCGGUACAAGGAGUCCCUUGGCCUCGGCGGCGGGGCGGAUCUUUCCGACCCCAACGAUCCCCGCGUCUGCAUCAUCCAGUCGCUGUCCAUGGAGGCCGAAGGGCGGGACCCCAUAGUCAUUGAUCUCUCGGUCGAGGGCAGCGAGAAGGAGCUGGUCAACAACCCCUUCACCAUCAAGGAGGGCGCCAAGUUCACCAUGACGGCCAACUUCAAGGUCCAGCACGAGAUUCUGAGCGGCCUCCACUACGUCCAGUCCGUCAAGCGCAAGGGCAUCAGGCUCAGCAAGACCAGCGAGAUGAUUGGCAGCUACCCUCCCAAUACUGAGAAGAACCCGAUCUACACCAAGAAGUUCGCCGAAGAGGAGGCGCCGUCCGGCAUGCUGAUGAAUGCCCACCGAGGCACCUAUCACGCCACGUCGAGCUUCGUCGACGACGACAAGAAGACGCACCUGCAAUUUGAAUGGGACUUCAAGAUCGCCAAGGACUGGUGAUUCUACGUACCUCCCCUCUCUCUUGGCGACACCUGUCUCUCUGUAUCCGGCCCUGCAGUCGACAAAUCUCCUUUCCCAAUUUUUUUCCCUUGGGGUCAAAAAGGUUAUUUUAAACAAAAAGGGUAAAAGGUUUAUUUGGUCAUCGGAUUCGGGGUCAGCUAGAAGAGCCAAGCCUGGUCUCGAAAAAAAAGAAAGAAAAAAAAGAGACAACUGGGCCGAGAAGGGGGAGCACGCGUACAUACGAAAACAUAUGGAUAUCUUAUCUCCUUCCAGAAAGGGGAAACCAGCCCGGCGGCUU